GAAGGUCGUAAGUCGUAACCCACUUUAUCUGUCUUCAUACCUUCCACGCAACCACUUUGCAGCUUCUUAAUUACUCUCUACAAAACCAAACCUCUCCCAACUGCCUCUUCCACAAAACCCCAAUUUCUUUUCUUUACACUCGAUCUUUCUAUCAUUUAAUUCAAAGCCUGUUGUUUGUUUUCUUGUCAUCAAUCUUUCUUUUUUAUGUUUUCUUCUUAUCGUUGAAACAAAUAAGAAGUGCAAUAUGAAAGGCAAACACAACCAAAGCAAGUUCAUGCGGUUCAUUAGAAUGCCCUUCAGAGUUUUAGGCAAAGCUAGAGAUUUCUAUGUUCGGAGUUUGACAGAAUAUGCAGCAAAGGGAAAUUACGGCAACGGCAUGAGCUUUCAAGGCGGGCAAUUCCCUUCAUUGCCCAAGAGCUUUAGUGUUGGCGCAUCAAGGUCUAACGCUAGCGAAGAUUAUAGUGAGCUUAUCAGAGCCGCUUCUGUGCGGAGCAUGGGCCACAGAAAUGAAGUGGACUUGUUGAUACACCAACAUUUAAUGCAGUCAGCCGCUAAUAGAUCUAAAGAAUUCCCCAAGAGUAGCAGUGUUGGGAUGAAAUUUAUGGGAAGAAUUGAGGAGGAAAAAUCUUGUGAUUUAGAAGACAGUGUUGAUGGUAAAGGUAAUAAAUCAGACUACAACAAGUUCCCAAGAAGCAGAAGCGUUGCUGUUUCAAACAGAAGUCCAGUGCUGUAAUAUUAUUGGUGUGAGAAUUGUUUAUGCAAAGACGACUGUCAUCAUGGUUUACUUCA